ACGUGUGGAGUUGAGCAUUACGUGUCUAGUUUUCCAGCAUGGCGGCGUUCGUAAAGGAGUUGCUGACUUGGGCUGCUUCGCUUUUGUUUUUGUGCGGAUUUAUCAAACAUGCGUUAUCAAGAGAGAUGAACUAUGAGUAUGUGACAUGUGGCUCAACUCUAAAACUGCUCAAUACCUACACCAGUGUCCGCCUACACUCGCAUGUGAAAUAUGGCUCAGGAAGUGGACAGCAGUCGGUGACAGGUGUUGACUCUUCUGAUGAUCACAACAGCUACUGGCAGAUCCGGGGCAAGACAGGAGCAAUGUGUCUGCGAGGGACUCCAGUAAAAUGUGGUCAGACAAUCCGUCUUAUGCACUUAUCAACAAAACGUAAUUUACACAGCCAUCACUUCCAGUCACCUCUGUCUCACAACCUGGAGGUCAGUGCCUUUGGGGAGGAAGGAGAGGGCGAUGAAGGUGACAACUGGGUUAUUGUGUGCAGUAGCAAGUACUGGAGCCGGAGAGACAAGGUCAGGAUCAAGAAUGUUGUCACAGAACAUUACUUACAUAUCAGUGGUGACAGUUAUGGCCGACCGAUCCAUGGACAGCGUGAGGUCAGUGGCUACCCUACACCAUCGGAGAUGAACUACUGGAUGGUCAAUGAGGGCAUCUUUAUCAAGCCAGCCAACGAUCCCAACACAGGACGACUCAUGCACGAACAUGAUGAGCUUUAAUACAACACCAUUUUAGGACAAAACUUUGUACAUUACCAUAUAACUGUAUUUGUUUAUUUACAAAUGUGUUGAUGAAUUAGACUCAUAUGUUUCUAGUUUGUAUAUUUUGUUACUUCCUGCAGAAAGUUUUACUUUGAAAGACUACUAUAAGUUGACACUGCCUUGUUGCCCAUAUUUGUGGAUUACCUCCCUUGAUGAACAAGAUUGGCUUGUUUCUGUCCAGAAGUGGGUGGGUUGAAAAGUUUAUAUUUAGCAUUAUUUGUAUUCAUAUUUUAAACAAAUAUAACUAUAAUAAUAUGAUCUACACUGAUCAAAAUAAGCUGGACAAACAGAGCUUUUAGGCAUUUUGGAAACAUUUGUCAGAUGCAGGUUUAGACAUUCAUGUUUAUAUUUUGACUAAUCCACAAAAAUGAUCUACAGUGUUGAAAUCUUUCUUAUGGUAGAAGUUGGGUUAUUUUCAGACUGGUAGACAUUGAUGUUAACUUCGAACAUUCAAUGUCUGAGAUCAGUAUCGUUUGCAUCCAUAUCUUAAUAUAUCAGUUUAUCAAUCUGGCUGUUUCUGACCUCUCAAUGUUGAUAGGUUCAGGCAUACUUUCUUUGAUUAUUUGAUACCAUGUUUUUCUAUAGAGAUAUAUUUUGUCAGUAUUCUAUGAUUGAUGAUACUUGUUGUUGAAGAGUUUUGUGUUCACUAAGGACAGGGUUGGGGUGUCAUACUCUAAGAAUCAGAUUCUGAUUCAGCUCCGUGAGCAAGCACUUUGUGUUUGGAGACUGUGCGUUAUAGAAGAUGACUUAUUAUUAUUAUAUUACACUGUUUUGCUCAAUCCGAGUCAGCUGCCUUGUUCCAGCACUACUGUAUCAGCAGUAUCUCUCAGUAUCUUAAACAUGUAUGUCUUAAGGUAUAUGUUGGCCAUGGAAGAAAGGGAAGGUUAAUGGUCUCAUCUCUAGUCGUGCCUGACUCAAACUACAAAAAGUUACAAGAUGGUAAUUGUUAUUACUUUGGCUUAUGUUCUCCUCUAAGGGGAUCUGUUGAUAAGGUAUACUGUAUCCAACUGGGUGUGGGUGUUAAAUGGUAUGUCAGUGGGCUAGAACUAUACAGCUGUUUGAUACUGCAGUACGUACUCCUUAAUUGUUCAAUACAGGAUUACUGAAGUGUACAUUUGAAUGGAAAUUAAUGGAGUAUCAGUAAUCUUGUGUUUUGUUUCAUAUAUGCACCACAAUAUUGCUAGUCUUGUGUAAACUGGUCAUAAAACAAUAAAACAAUGCUUUUUCAGAAAAAUACAUCUGUAAAUGAUUCUAAGACCGUACACCAUUGCUGUGGUGCGUAUCGGCUACGUUUUCUAAAUUAUUUCCUACUGUAUUGUGCACAUUUUUUGCCCGUACAUAAGCCGAUACGGCCCUUAUACGGCCCAGAUACUGUAUCAUCUACCGCAUAGUUCACCUCAUCUUGAUGUUUAUCUCACUUGUAAGGUAGCCGUGGAAAUAGAUCUCCAUUUCAAUGUCGCUAUACAUAUGCAUCUCGGUUGUAAGAGAGGUGAGAUAUGUCUUUUGAAUCAUUGCCAUACAAUACAUGCCUAUUUGUAAGUGUAUGUUUUAAUAAGAAACAGUCGAGUCUAAUUCAUUGACAACUAACCUACUGACAAACACAAUUUCAAGGGGAUGUGCUGUAUAAUAAUCAAAUUAUGUUUUGUUUUAUGUCCAGGAAUAUGUAAAUGCUUUGUUUCCUGAAAGUGAUUGUCACGGAAAUUCAUAGUGGCUCCUUGAAUUAUUAGGUAUUUUAGCUGUGCUGUUAUUUGAACAUAAAGAGGUAUGUUUCAAUUUGGGGAUUAUGAGUGACAUGUACACAUUAAAACCGGUUCAGUAUCAUAUUUUAGUCCCAGCUGCAGUGGAGCAUAAUUAGGAUGUUAUGAUAGGUACCUUUGACCAGAUCUUUUCAAACCUAACUAGAAAAGGGGCUGGUAUUUGAGAAACUGCUUUAUCCAUUUAUUCUUUAGACAUCAAAAUUACAAGGCCUUUGCUCUUCAAAACUCGCUUAGCCUGGUUAGAAUGAUAUGGGAACAGAGUUUGUCUAUAAAAGCAAGUCACAGGCAGAACUGAUGAGUCAGUCUACUUAUCUUUUCAACUUUUCAUUACACUCUUUACAAAACUGGUGUUCCUUAGAAAAUGAAAUCAGGAUAAAACUGAGUCGUCACAUAAUGUGUGAGCGCUACAGCUGAAAUGCAUGAAAACCUUGGCCAUCAACCCUGGUCUUUUUUCAUCCAUUUAUAGCUGAUGAUUGCUUUGUAUGAUGGUGACAUAUUUGGAUCUGGACAAUACCUUCAGUUUUUCUGGCGAUUUUGGUAAAUAAUGUAAAUUAUUUACACAGGUCAGAAACUUUGGCUGAUUUUCUGCUGACUUUGUGAACAUGUGUUCUACUUGGGUGAAUGAUCUGUGUCCAUGGUAACCAUGGGUUUAGGGUGCAUGUGUUGGAUGUGAAUGCAAGGAUUGUUUGGGGUUAGCAUUGUAUGUAAUACAUUACCUGUAUCAUCACUUGAUGUUGGUGCUUCUUUUAUCAUAUUAGUUUUCUGGUUUAUUUAUUCCAAGGUUACAACUGUAAAUAUAUCUUUGUAGUUAUGCUUGUUUUGUUUUACUAAUACUGUGCUGGUUGACUUUAUUUGUGAAUAUAAGAAUUUGGCAAAGGGUAGACAUGGUACAUGAAUCGGAGAGUUUUGUCUGGAUAUAUAUGUUUGGUAAUCCUUAUUGAUAACCCAGACCUACCAGACUGAGCAUGGAUGCUGAAGCAGUGUCAUAAGCAGGAUAAUCCAGUUCACAAGAUUUGAAAAUUCAGAUCCUGUUUAGGAAAUGUCUCCAAAGUAAAACCAUUUUAGGAAGAUAUCCUCUGUUACAAAAACUUUCUCAGUUCAUUGCCUCAUGAUCAGUCUUUUUGUUCCUGUGGCGUGUUUAUUCUAAAUUCGGAUAGACUGGUGAUCACUCAUGUUUCGGCCAUCUUCAGUGCAGAUGGUGAUAUAGGUGUUCACAUUGUCUAAAGCCUGAUUCAGUUGAUGUGCAGAGUUGCAUCCCUUGACUGCCAGGUUGUCCAUGGCCUCAAGAAGAAUGCAAGAUCCAUGAUCCUUGGCAUGUUAGCAUGCCUGUUUCUUAACUUGGCAGAGGUUUGCACCUUGUGUCACUCUGGGCUUCCUUCACAUAGUUAGCUGACAUUCCGUGUAUAACAACCGUUGUUCAAACCCAACACUCAAGAUAUGUACCUCAAGAAGUUAAUCAAACUCAGUCUUGGCUUCAUUACUUUCAGCGCUCCUCAGAUUACCAGGUCUGCUAUGUCAUAGAUUGAUGUAGGGUUUAAGUCCGUUUUGUCAGUUAUGUCAUUUACAUAAUUCUGUUGUUGAGAAUGUUUGCUAUUGUACAUAUGUGAGUAUAUGACGAAGAUAUCCUUUGUUGAGGAAAUGUUGCUGUUGGUGUGACAUUAGAUAUGUUGCAAGUGUUGGAGAGUGAAUGAAAUAAAAUGUAAUGAAAAGUU